AUGAGACUCAUUGUUUUUCUCAUCUGUACAGGAAAAUGUAUAGCAGAGAUAAUAGAUCCCAGUUGUACCUUUUAUGGAGACGAUGGUCUAGUUUUCUCCAAUCAGUCGACCAGUUGCAAGAACGUGUACUCUAAUACUGCUUGUUCAACCUUAUUUCCUGGUAAGGAAGUUGUAGAGGGAAAAUCUGAUGAACGUCCUCUUUCUUGUUUUACGACUGUUAAUCCGCAAGGUACAGAGGUAGUAACGGAUAUCAGAAGAGUAGCCAUAACAUCCUGUCCCCAACGAUGUGGAUACUGUUGCUUGACGAAUGAUUACAACUGUCUGAACUCUGAAGUCCCUAGAGUUGAUUGUGAUAUUGUGACAAAGGAAAUGUGCCAGAAUGCUCAUUGGUUUGACAUACUGUCGCAGGACUGUCCGAAGACUUGUGGUUUAUGCUCUACAGAAAGAUGUAAAGACGAAAUUGAUAACUGUAAUUCUGUGAUGUGCAUCACCAUUGGCAUGGAGCUUUUUGUCAAAGAAAACUGCAGGCGCACAUGUGCCUAUUGUGAUAUGGAAUCGGUCAAGUUGCAAUGCUUUGACACUAAUUCAAAUUGUGGCGAAUGGCUGAAAAACGGCUUCUGUUCGAAUAGUCACUACAGCGAAGCACAGAAAAGGCGUCAUUGUGAGAAGACGUGUCAUCUUUUUAGUAAGAAAGCUCUCGAUAUGUUCAUACAGCUGAUAGUUCACCGAAAUUGUGGUGCUGCUCGGGAAAGCCGUUUUCGUCGAUUUUUGUGUAGUUAUGGCUUUAUCUUAAAGACCUUGAUAGUAUUGAAUAAAGCUUGUCUGAUAACUACUGUCUGUCAACUCUAUCUUCGAAAACUUCAGAUUCCAAGCUUUCUAUUUCGACUCGAAACUAUCGAUAUCUCUAGUGGAGGCCUUAUGAAGUUUGUUUCGGUGCUUAUACAAGCCUAA